UACACAUUUUAACUGAAGCUUUAAAUUAUUAAAAUCCUACAGCUUAAUUAAGUUGUGAUAUGACAGGUGGGCCGAAUGCAAUUUAACGGCAACCUUUCAUUUGCAGCUUAAUUGUCUCGUGGUUAUCGCAAGAAUAGUGAUAAUUAUCUCACCGACAUGCUAAUAAUGCUGUGAACGGUCCCGGCGUUUCCCAGGGCAACCGCAGAAGACUCCCGCCCACGGACGUCUCUGAUUGGCUCCUGUACUCAGCGCAGUGUCGGAUUGGUUUACACAGCUGCCAGUCUUCUGAACGAGUAGCGUUAUUUUGACCGUCUAUUCCCCGAGGAAGAAGCAGGGUGAAGUAGAAGAGUGAGAGAUAAGACGUUGUGUCUUACAAAACAGCUGGGCUCCGUCGGCUCUUACAAAGGAACGGCGUUUCAUGAGAUGGUGAGCUGUAUGUACCGCUGUCUUCUUUUGAAGGCUACCUAGGCUUCUCCUGAAACUGUUCUCAGCUGUAAGCCUUUCUAUUGAGGAACCCCACUAUGGCUCAUGACAAGACCUCCUUUGUGAGGCUGAAUGAGGAGAAAGUAAUUGCAAAGUCUGAUAUUUUGUCCCUUCUAAAAACGUACAACUGUUAUCAUGAGGGAAAAAGCUUCCAGCUUCGGAUUCGUGAGGAAGAGGGCGAGCUGAUCGUGGAGGGUUUACUCAACAUCUCCUGGGGCCUGAGAAGGCCAAUCAGACUGGAAAUGCACGAUGACAACGAGCGGUUUCGCUAUGCCUGCACGAGUGCGUGGAGGUCGGAGAGCUCAGAGUUUAGCAGGAAUGAAAAUGCUGAACACCAGUUUUGUUCAGAGCCCAACAACAACAAAAUCAGUGCCUCACCUGUACCCAGUGCGGAUGGAGCUGAGGAGGACAUCCCUCAACUGCUGAGAACGAGAAGUGACGCGAGCUUUGUGAAUAUCCAAAGAAGAUCCAAAACCCACAACACUGCCGAUAUACAGAGGAUAAAAAGACACCGCUUCUCCAUCAACGGCCAUUUUUACAACCACAAAACAUCAGUUUUUACUCCGUCAUAUGGAUCAGUGACUAAUGUGCGAGUGAACAGCACUUUGACAACACAGCAAGUUCUUAACCUACUCCUUAAUAAGUUUCGGGUUGAGAAUAAGGCAGAUGAGUUUGGCCUCUACCUAGUCCAUGAAUCAGGGGAGAGAGCAAAACUUAAGGACACAGAAUAUCCUUUGGUAUCUCGUCUGUUGCAUGGUCCAUGCGAAAAAAUUGCCCGAAUAUUUAUUAUGGAAAAGGACCUUGGUGAAGAGAUUACGUAUGAUGUUGCACAGUAUAUUAAGUUUGAAAUGCCUGUUUUGGGCAGUUUCAUCAAGAAAUUAAAAGAGGAGGAAGAGCGAGAGAUUUUAAAACUAACAAGAAAAUACAGUGCACUGAGAUCAAUGAUAUUGCAAAAAUUGGAUGCCAUCUCUAAUACUGCAAAUUAUGCAUGAGAAAAUGUUGACCGUUUAGAAUCAAAGGCAUCCUCUCUGUUGUACAGUCAUCGUUAGUGAUCUACAGAUUGCUAGUUUUAGGUUUUUCAUUUUUGGUGAAGACAUGAGUGCAAUAACUAGUGUAUAAAGAGAAUAGGCUACUGGUAACUAGUAAUUAACAGCUGUAAGUACUUUUACCCUCAAUUCUCAGGCAUUACAAAUUACCUAGAAUGUUAUUUUAUGAUGCACUUAUGCUCUAUGAUUUAAAAGACAAACUACUGUAUUUUUAUUAUUAUUAUUUUUUUGUUAAACUAAGAACAUAUACACCCCUGACAUGUUUCUACAGUAACAAUAUUACCUUUUAUACAUUUCAAAAUAAAACUAAUAUAUGAGGAA